CGUUUCAUGAUCUUACGCUCCCAUGUUCGCAAGAUCUUGUUCCAUGGAGUACCGAUCCUUCUUCCACCCUGGCAUCCCGGCGGCCAAGGACCCCACCCCAGAUCUCCUUGGCUCGUCGGAGGAGGAUGGCGAUCUCUAUGCUGAGCUGUGGCAACAGAUCCUGCAGCUGACUUCAGACUCAGACGACAACCUAGUCGACCUGACGAAUCAAAGCCUGUGCCAAGUCGCUGUGCCGUCUCCCAUAACUUGUUCUGAUUGGCGGGUGAACAACAGGAACGUUGAGCCACCACCAGUUUGGUGGCUCAGCCCGCCCAGCAGCGGGAGUGGGACAGGAGUGUUCAUUCCGAGCAGCGUUGCGACAGAAAGAGGGGGUCGUCAAGGAAGAGCGGCCAAGAAGAAGAAGAAGAAGGAGGCCAAGAAGCAAGUGGAAAACAAGUGAACUCGAGCUGCCGCGGGGAUCCGUUGGUUCGCAACUAUUAUGGCAGUUACUUAAAUAAAGAAUAAGUUGUUUUCUUACCCUGGAACAUGGUUGAUUAGUGAAAGAAACAUGAGAUUUUGUCAUUUGACAACCCAUCACCUACUUUUGCUCAAAGAGUUAACAGUGCAAAUGCAAAAGGUGCCAGUGCUACAAUAACGAUGAUACCCAAGCAGUUCAGGGUUCGAUUAAGGACAUGUUCGUCCUCA